UGGCAAAUAAGAGAAAUUAAGAAGGGUCAGAAUAUUUGUAAAAACAUUCUGACAUGGCUUUGCUAAUUAGUUUCUGCGGGGAUUUACGUUGCUGUACUAUCAUUCUUUGAUAGAAAAUAUAGUUCGAAAGAUAUAAUGCCAGGGGAUUAAAAUAUAGAUCUAUAUUUUCAUAAUUACUAUUAAGAUAUAUUUUACAACUGUUUUCUAAUGAGUACAAGUUUUUAGAACUAUAUUUAAUUUGUUUUGAUGAUAAAAAUAAAUUAUGUGUCAGUGGUAAGUUUAGUUCCGCAGGGUAUGUUGUAGUCUGACGAAUCCACAAAUAGAACAAAAACAUGAGCAUUAGUUUUGAAAUGCACCACCUUCUAUUGUUUUUUGUUUAUUAUUUCCUAUGGUUUUGUACUUGUAUUGCAUUAAAGAUAUUUUUUUGGCAAAACAGUGAAACUUUUUGGCAGCGGUCGAAGUAGUUCCUUCAGUGCGGUCCUGCUAACAUGGCGACGUACUUUGUUGACAUUUACAAAACUGGAUAAUAACAAUUCCUUCGAAGGCGAUGUUAAUGGUGUUUACUCAUUGUCGUUUACGAAAUGGUUCGGUUUUGAAAGCUGGUCUUUCUUUUUUCUGUUUUAGAUAAAUAUUUAUUCUAUCCCAAUGUCUAUAGAGCUCUCAUUUGAGCUGUUUUGACCAUGGCGGAGAGUAAAAAAGCUGCCGCUGCCUCCACUUCCUCUGCCUCUUCUGGUAAUAACACUAGGGAUAGCAGAGAACUCUGUCGAGACACUAGUCCCAAUACCCAUCCUAACGCAGAGCAUGUAAGAAGGAGCUCGAGGAGUCCUGUUGCAAUUGAUGCGGCAGUAUCGGAUGGAGGUUCUGAGGAUAAGUAUACUUCAGAAAUACUGAGCCAUGUUUUUGAAAAUCCUCGCUCCUCAUCUCCAGUGGAAGGAGCUACUGGUGCUGCACCAUCAAGGAAAAGUCUAAGGUUGCAGACCUUGGAAGCUCAUAUAUCCAGCUGUCUGAAAGAGGUUUCUGAUAAAGAAAUGAAGUCCAACAUGACAGCGCCGAGUCCAGAAAUUGGGCGCCUUGGUCCCCCCGAAUGUUGUUUUGACAUUAUCACCAAUGUAGGCACCAUCAUUGUUGACCCAGAUCGUUUAGGGAUUUCUAGUCAUUCAAACUUUAGCAGUAUCAAGGCCAGCUGUUGUGUGUACGAGGGCAAGUGGGUGUACGAGCUCAUGCUGGGCUCCAAGGGUGUCAUGCAGCUGGGCUGGUGUACUUCCAACUGUCGCUUCUCCCAGGAGGAGGGGGUUGGCGAUACCAGGGACUCGUAUGCUUAUGAUGGGAGCCGACUCCGCAAGUGGAACGUUAGAACCAAGAGAUACGGAGAGCCGUGGAUGUCGGGAGACGUGAUUUCUUGUGCCAUUGACUGUGAUGAAGGGACCAUUACUUUUUACAGAAACGGUGUCUCGAUGGGUGAAGCUUUCAGCAGCGUGCGAGUGGGUGCGGGCUAUGCCUACUUCCCUGCCGUCAGUCUGUCGUUUGCAGAACAAGUGCAUGCAAAUUUUGGCUCCUUGCCCUUACGAUACCCGAUCGAGGGCUACCGGCCGCUGCAGUCCCCGUGCUCGGUGGAGGUGGCCCAGGCAGAGCUUCUCUUCACCUAUCUACACAACCUUCUGCCCAAGAUGUUGGAGGACGACCAGUUCGAGAGGAGGCAUGCUAGUGCGCAGAAGGGAGAUUACCCACAAGUCCCGCUGACGGAGCAGCGGUCCCACCAGGCAACCUUGACCCUCAUAGCAUCUCACGUCUUCCAGCGCCUGGCUCCGCUAUUGAAAAUCCCGUAUGUGAUAGAAAUGUGCCUGGUGAAGUUCCUCCUGGGUCUGUGCGACCACCACGACUGGCGGGCCGAGCAGCUAUACGUCAACAAACUCCUCGACCUCAUCUGGAUGCUGUUACAGGAGCCGGAAAUCCGAGACUGCAUGGAGCAUCUGAUGAUCUCCCUUCUCAACGGCUACCGCUUUCACUCCUUUCAUCCGGAGUUCAAAUACCCGAAAAUGUUUCUUGCCCUCACACUGGCGGUGCUGCGACACCAGAAGUCUCGGCGACAUCUGCUGACCUACAUCUUAUUUGACCGCGUCAAGUUCCCCGUGUUCAUGCAUAUCAAACCCCCGGACGACGCAAACAUGGCUCGCCUCAUCCCCAACGUUUGGUGGGACAAAAACCUCAAGAAGGAUGAUGAUGAUGAGGAUGAGGAAGACUCACCUCCUGAGGCCCAGCCGGAGACGCCGGAGGAAAAACUGAACAAAAAGAAGUACAUGCUCUCCUGUGAUAGGCUGAGUGAGAGGGUCGAAGAACUGGAAUCUAUGCAAGUGGAGCUGUUGAAGUGUCUACUCAUCAACAAAGACAGUAUUGAAGGGAAGACGUCCAGAGAUUGUUUCUUGGAAAAGCUGAAAAUAUUCCUGAAAGAAAACAGCGGAUUUAGCCGGGCCCAGAUGGCCCAGUCGUGUGCGCUGCCGGUCAGUCUGUGUUUCUUCCACCGCCUCGUCCAGGCCUUGAGGUUCUUCUGGGACGACUUCUGCUCCACAGACACCAACUUCCUGCCCAGCUCAGAGGCUUUCACCCCGAUCCAGUGUUUCUGGAGCGACUCCCGCGACUACUUUGAGUUCCUGCGCUGCGGGGGCCUCAUGAGUCACCUCAACCGGCAGCUGGGAGGUGAGGUGAACCGAGCCCAGGGCAUCGAGGUGCAGGAGGACGGGAAGGUGGUCAAGAAAGCCAUGAUGGCGCUCAAGGACACAGCCGCGAGUGUCGGGGAAGACUACCCUCGUCUGGAGAUGCCCAGCGGAAACUCUCUACAGGACCUACUGGACGCAGUGGUGCUGUUAUACCAUAUAGCGGCUCAUAAACAGCUGGGCAAGUUACUAGAAGUGCGGAACCAUCUAGAGAACGCCCGCAAUGUUUUCCUCGAGAAGAUAACGGAGCAGGCUCGGCAGAUCGUCUGGGUCAACCGGAUUAUCUACUCCCCGAACAAACAGAAGGACAUGGUGUGGCUGAUGAAGGUGGUUCUGAAGACGGUGGAGAAAGCCUCCAAGUACCAGAAACUGUUCCAGUACGUCCCCGAGUUCUACAUCGAGACGGCCGUCAACACGUUCAACGCGCUACGAAAUUACCUGCACCCCACCACGUCUUUCCACGCCAUACCUGAUUUACCAAACAUUUUGUCUCGCUACGCCAGCUUCUUAGUGGACCAUUUCUUCGACUCACGCAUUGUCAGCAAUGAUCUAAAAGACACACUAGUACAAGCAUUGGCCUGCUUCACCUGCUACCCAGACACACUCAAAAUCCUGGAGGAUCUUCCAAUGGACAGGAGGAUUUCCAUGAUCCAGUCUCUGAUCUCACCCUACGAGAACCGCUCCUGGGCUCACACCAACUGGAUCCUGGUUCGAAUAACCAUGCCCAUCCCAAGAGUUCCAAUCGCUCCUGGCCAAGAUCCUGCUAGACGAGGAAGCGCGCUCGACAAAGUUCCUCGACUCUCUGAUGAACCAGCUCAACUGGUCCUUUUCAGAGUUUGUCGGCAUAAUACAGGAGAUUCAGACGCUAGCCUCAAGAACCGAGUCCCUUCUACUGGAGUCCCGACAGAUCAAAAUCUGCGCCGCGUGUUUCGAGAUCUCCGUCUGCCUGCUGCGCAUCCUGGAGAUGGUGGCCACCAUCGCGCCUCAGGUCUUCACCGAUUGGUCGAGGCCGUCUGCCGAGCUGUUCCUCAAACGUCUGAUGCAGCUGCUGAGUCAGAUCAUGUCACGAGUCACCAUGAAAGACGGCGCGUUCGAGAGCACGGUCGCGCUUCCUAUACAAGGUCUGGACAGUGUGACCUUUUACCCCAUCCUGACGGUGACUGUUGGCAUCAUGGCUCAGCUCAUUGUGCGCUGUGGGGGGAGCAGCCAGGAGAAGGCGACGCGGUCACUCCUCAGAGACUCUGGCUUCUCCGUCGACUCGCUCAAGUUCGUCCUCGGAAUGGCACCCAGCGUCACCACCGCAACGACAACGACAACAACAACGACAAUGACGACAACCGCGGAGAAGGAGAAGGACAAAGACAAAGACAAGGAGAAGAAAAAAGCUGACAAAGUUUUCUCUUUCAAGAAGUUCGAUGACAUCAGCCAGGAAGAGAUAGAGGACGUGGAAAAACUUUUGUCCUAUCUGUCCAACCAACAGUCCACGCUGACGGCGGAGGAGGAGAACGUGCGGGAGGAAGACCUGUGCACCAUCUGCUACGCCAACCCCCAGCAGACGGUGUUUGUACCGUGUGGACACAGAACUUGCCGGACGUGCAUCACCCAGCAGCUGCUCAGCAAGAAGGAAUGUUUCUUCUGCAUCGCCACCAUCACACGGCUCAACGACCUCAAGGGAAGACAGAUUCUGCGAGAGUACUUCCAGCCUGCCCCGCAGAAAAAGUGAUGGAGGAACACUGAUGCAUGUGUGUGUGUGUCUGUAUGUGUGUGUCUGUAUGUGUGUGUCUGUAUGUGUGUGUCUGUUUGUGUGUGUCUGUGUGUGAUGAAGGAACACGCAACAUGUCUGUGUCUGUCUGUGUCUGCAUCGCCACCAUCACGCGGCUCAACAACCUCAAGGGACGGCAGAUUCUGCGCGAGUACUUCCAGCCUGCCCCGCAGAAAAAGUGAUGGGGGAACACGGAACACAUCUGUGUGUGUCUGUCUGUCUGUCUGUCUGUGUGUGUGUUUGUGUCUGUCUGUCUGUCUGUCUGUCUGUCUGUCUGUCUGUGUGUGUGUCUGUUUCUGUCUGUCUGUCUGUCUGUCUGUGUGAAGGGCUGGCAGAUUCUGUUCAAGUACUUCCAGCCUGCCCGGCAGAAAAAGUGAUGGGGGAAUCGCACAACACGUUGCGCGUCCCACAUCUAUGUCUGUGUGUGUGUUUGUCUGUGUGUCUGUGUAUGAAGGGACGACAGAUUCUGCACGAGUACUUCCAGCCUGCCCCUCAGAAGAAGUGACUGGGGAUCUCGCAACGAGUCUGUGUGUGUGCAUGUCUGUGUGUCUGUGUCUGUCUGUCUGUCUGUAAUGGGGAAACAUGCAACACAUCCCACAUCUGUGUGUCUGUCUGUCUGUCUGUACGUGUGUGUCUGUGUGUAUGUCUGUGUGUGUGUCUGUCU